AUGCCGUUCAAGAGGUUCGUGGAGAUUGGAAGGGUAGCCCUAAUCAACUACAGAAAGAAUUAUGGAAGGCUCGUUGUUAUCGUCGACGUCAUCGACCAAAAUAGGGCUCUUAGUGAUGCUCCGGACAUGGUGAGGAGCCAGAUGAACUUCAAGAGGCUUUCACUUACAGAUAUCAAAAUUGACAUCAAAAGAAUCCCAAAGAAGAAGACCCUGGUUGAGGCUAUGGAAGCUGCUGAUGUGAAGACCAAGUGGGAGAACAGUUCAUGGGGAAGGAAGUUGAUAGUGCAGAGGGCUGAACUUAAUGAUUUUGACAGGUUCAAGCUUAUGUUGGCAAAGAUUAAGAGUUAG